CGGAAACAGUGAUGUAGAAGUUAUCAAACUGCCUACCUUCGACUCACUGGAGUGCAAAUCUAUCAUGCUCGCGUUACAGUCGACUGUCGCCCUUAUGUCCAGAUGUAGAUCACACAAAGCUUGCGCCUUUCAGUCAGCUGUAUGGUUAGGUAGAGGUUUGGCUACGGUAUUACAGUACGUUUUCCUCAAAAAUGGAAAGACACAUCCUGAAGUUUAUUUAUGAGGCAAAGUCACGGGCAAAUGUUGACAGCCUUAUCACAUCCGAGUAUAACAGGGUACGUCAGCUAUCCAUAAAGAGGAAGCAGGAAUUAGGCUUAACUGCAGAGGAAGGACGCCUUCAGGAGAACGUGAAAAAGAAUCGCUACAAGGACAUAUUGCCCUAUGACCAGACCCGUGUUCCUCUCUGUCUGUUUACAAAUGAGAAUGAGUCUGACUACAUCAAUGCCAGCUUUAUCCAGGGUGCCACUGCAAACAAGAGCUAUAUUGCCACUCAAGGACCCCUGAGCCACACAGUGGUGGACUUCUGGAGAAUGAUCUGGCAGUACGACGUGAGGGUCAUUAUCAUGGCUUGUAAAGAAGUAGAGCUGGGAAAGAAAAAAUGUGAAAACUAUUGGGCUCCUAUUUCUGGGACAUCAGUUUUUGGCGCCUUCACAGUAACAAAUUUGGAAGAAUCUGGGCCAGAUGAGGAAGUAAUUAGAAGGACGUUUGUGGUGAAAUAUAACCAAGACUCCCGCUUCAUCUACCAUUUCCAGUACACCACGUGGCCUGACCAUGGCAUCCCCCAGUCCUCUGAUGGCAUCUUGCACAUGCUGGAGCUGGCCAUGAAAGCUCAGGGGAAACACAAGGCCCCUGUGCUGGUCCACUGCAGUGCUGGUUGUGGGAGAACGGGGGUGCUGUGUGCCGUGGAUUAUGUUCAUGAUCUUUACCAAACCAAGCAAAUCAAAGAGGAUUUUAGCCUAAAGGACAUCAUUCUGGACAUUCGAGAUCAAAGACCCUCUGCUGUACAGACAAAGGAACAGUAUGAGUUUGUAUUUAAAACCGUGGUGCAGAUGUUUGAAAAGACUAUGUGUGGUACCAAGCCCAAUUAUGAAAACCUCAAUGAGCAUCGCCUCUCUCUCUACAAUGACUCCGAGGACUUGUUGAAGACUGUGCUCAGAUCCUCGUUAUCCUGUGGUGGAGUGAGCGCCGAGAGCCUGAAACUCAGAGCCAAACCACCUCAACCCUCGCCACGGAAGAUGAACGACACCUAUGCAGUCGUCAACAAGUCCAAACAGGCUCCCACCACAGUAACGCACCACUAUGACAACGCCGAGUCGGGAGGGCUCAAAGGGAAGCCGCCGAGUGCCACCCCAGCUCCAGCCACCAGCGAACUCUACAGCAUCGUGAAGCCCAAAGGGAGGCCUGGCACUCGGUCUCCCACGCCCCUCACCGUGCCCAUCUACGACACGGCAGGAGUGGGCAAGCAGCGGGCAGGGGAUGCACCGGCAGCACCGGCCAAAGACCAUGGCGACUACGAGCCGGUGCCAGGGAAGUGUGGACCUCCCUCUAGAGAGACUCAGAUGAAGAUGCCCGGCACCAAAGCAAAGAUGGAAAGCGUCCCAUCACAAGAUGACGAUUAUGAGUAUGUGUCAUGUCCCCUUAAAGACUCCAACAGGACAGCAGACAGCUUCUGUACUCCUGGAGGCCUAGGCUUCAACUGCAGGAUUAAGAAGCCCAAAGGGCCCAGAGACCCUCCGGCAGAAUGGAGUCGAGCUGAGCGAUGAUGAGACGGAGCUGGAGAGGCUCAGGCUGGUCUUCUCCUCCUACUGACAUACACUCUGUUUGGGGUGCUGGGGGUUUAGGACAGUGAGUGGCGUGAGAUUGGGGUUCAGUACACUGAGUUCAGUACACUUAAUUGCUUGGGUUUGUAAUUCAUUUUGUGGUGUGGGUCUUGACUAUGUAUAUAAGUAAGUAUAAGUAUAUAUACUUUUUUGAUCCCGUGAGGGAAAUUUGGUCUCUGUGUUUAACCCAAUCGUUGAAUUAGUGAAACACAAACAGCACACAGUGAACACACA